AUGGGCAAAAGAAAGUCCGGAGACAAGGGAAGCGGUGGAAAGAGCAAGAAGUUCAAAGCUAGCGGCUUCAUCGACCCACAUACUACUGGUGUAUAUGCUACAUGCAACAGACACAAGGAACAAGCCUGUAGAAAAGAGUUGAUGAACUUGUUUGAAGAGAAGAUAGGCGAAUAUUUUGACUUAGAGAAUGGAGACAACUCGGAGGAUGAAGGGCAGCAAGACGAGGACAAAGAGCUUUCGAUAGAAGAACAGAUACAGAAGGAGUUGGAAGGAUUGAAGGAAGUCAAAGGUACCAAGAAAGAGCUUCUCAAGCCUAUCGAGUUAGACUGCGAAUGUCUUGUCUUUAUAAAAACCAGACGUCCUAUUGAUCCCGAAGUGUUGGUAGAACGCAUAUGUCAAGAGAGUUACGAAUCAAAGAUCAAGAAUACGAGAUACACCCAAAAACUUACACCGGUGACUUUUUCUGUGAGUCCUACGAAGGAAGAGUUGAAGAAACUAGCCCUGAGAGUGCUUGCUCCACAUUUCCAUAAGCCCGAGGGCCAGGAACCUAUCAAAUUUGCUAUUCAGGUGUCAAGACGUAACUUCAAUGCCAUGCCCAAGGAUGAGAUCAUAAAGUCAAUUGCAGAAAGUGUAGGUAGAGAUCAUGGCCACUCUGUAGACUUGAAGAACUACGAUAAGAUUAUCUUGGUAGAAUGCUACAAGACUUCCAUUGGUAUGAGUGUAGCCAACAACUACUUGAAGUACGAUAAGUUCAACUUGCAGCAGAUCUUUGAAAAAGGUGUAAAUAAGGAC